GCCAGAAUGGCAAGUGAUUGGCGAGCCAAAAGACACGCAACCAGUCAGAUACUAUGAUCAAGGAUGGUUCUCGUAUUAUCAAGGUUGUCCGUCCCGUCUAUCACCAUAUCUAAUCAUAUCGUCACGGCUGGUUGCCAAGGCCCAUGGUUGCAAUCUUUUCCCCCUCCAAGCACGGAUUAUCGGGGUGAGUAUGGAGAAUGCACGAUGACUAGUAUGUAGAUGAACCAGACAAAACCGACACUAGCAGAACGCAAGUGCGGUCCGGCUCUUGAAGAUCAGAGCAUUCCGAGCCAGCAAAGCUUUGCCGGUUUCCACCGGGCUCGCGGUCCGACAAAUGUGGGAGUGGAUGGGGACCCGAUGGAGAUCAAUCUUGCCAACUGUCCAGACCAUCAGACUCUAAUAUUACCACUUCUCUUCCGUGGUUGGACAACAAACACC